AUGAACUUUAACGUCUGGAAUGUCAAAGAGAUGCUCAGUGUUCCACCGGGCCCAGGGACCAAUAAACCAUCUAGUUGGAAUAACAAUCUUAAUGAUUACUCCAGCCUCACUGAUUCCCAGUUCCUCUUUGGGUCCCAAUUCUGUCCAGAGAAUUCACAAUCACUUUCAGCAUCUUUGGACUUCAAUGCCUACUUGAGACAUGCCAAAACUUCACAACAGAACUCUGAGGAUAGUGAACCUAGUAUUUUCACAAAAUAUCAGGCAAAACCCCAGCUGUUUGGGGGAGAUUCAAAGGAUGGAAAUUUACUUAUUCCUCAUUUACCUAUUGGAAAAUCAAAAGGUGUCUUGGAACAGUUUGAGGAGAAUAAGAAGAGAGCACAAGAUAAACAGGACAGGUAUGCAAACAUACCCAAAGACAGUGAGGCUCUAAACAGCUUCAUUUCCUAUGUCAGAGAAGGCAUGCACAGGUUGCAAACAUCAGUGGAAAAGUUAGAAGAAAAACUCAGUGCAAGAAAUCAGUCCAUUUUGGAUUCAGUGGAAGCAGUUGCUAAGACUUUGCAAGAGAAUGCCCAAGCCCACUGUGACUUACUGUUAGACGCUCUACGAGACAGGAGCAGAAUGGAGCAGACAGCCCAGGAGAUGGAGAAGCACCUUGAAACUAGAAAGGCAGAAUUUUUAGAUGUGAAAUCCAGUCUGAAGCAUCUUGAAGUCCUAGCAGCCGAACAGAGCAGACAGCAUCAGAGGCUGUGUGACCAAUUAGAUCAGCUCAACUUCCCCAAAGUCUUCGCUGAAAUGUAUUCACUUGGUUCAGAAGCUCGGUUACCCUUCCAUGUGAGUGAUGGAGGUUCUCAGACCCUUCCAGCUCUACUCCAGGCCUCCAAUCUCGCCAGAAAAGGGAAAUCAAUCUCAGAAUCACCAGAUACAGGUGAAGCUAUCAUGCUCCUUCCUCGCCUGAAUCCCCUCACAUCAUUAUACCAACGUGAAAAAUAUAGGACUGAGAAGCACGAAGUUGAAGGUGAAACUCUCAGGCGCAGUAGAAGUGCGGCCACUUUUUGGCUUGACGGAGAAAGUCGGAGCGUAAAGGAUGAAGCUGUGCAGACUGAUUUAGAGCCUCAGGCUCCUGCUAGGAGUUUAUCUGAGAAUCAUGACUCUAGCAGCAAGAUUUACAGGGAUCACUGCAGAGGAGACUUGAUGGUUCAAGAAACAUCUCAAUUUUCAUCAGUGACCAUGAAGGACUUGGUCACCAAGGCCAGGCCCGCGUGUAUUCUGCAGGAGUAUCAGCCGGCAGCUCUAGUGCUUGAACAGAAAGGCAAGAGUAUAGACAUAAGAAAAAGAGCAAAGAGGAAAAAGCCCAGGAAAGUCCAAAGAGGCACGUUUAUAAGAAGGAAGACUUCAGGCCUUUCCAGAAGUACCUCUGCUUUCAGCUCAAGAGUAGGGUAUCCCCAUUCUGCAGCCUCUAGACAACAAGAUGGGUUUCUGGAUCACGUGGAGAACCCCAGGCAACCCUUGCCCCUGCUGUGUCCCUACAAAACUCUAGAGCCUGGAGUGAAAGGAAGAGGAAGGGCAGAGAAGGUAGAAAGGGCAGCUAGCCCCCCCAGAGCAGCCAACAGCUUCUUCCUCUGUGAUUACUCUUCUCCCUUUCCAGACAGCACCGAGUGGGAUAAGCAGAUGAAGUGGUUCAGUGAUCUCAGUUCUGACAACUUGGGCAGCCCUAAAGCCCUGGAGGCUGAGGAAAGCAUAUUUUAUGCCGUUGCUUUUGACAGCAGUGAUGAUGAUGGAGACUAA